AUGCUUAUUAUAUAUUAGUACAAAGUUUCAUGACACAUUUCUGCCACACUUGCUAUAUUCAUUCCAUGAACUCAAGAAUUUCGAUUCUAUGACAUUUUGUGGGUUUCGGGAAAACGGAAUUCUAUUUAAUUUCUAGCCUCUUCUUUUCUUUUCCUUUUUAAUUAAUAACUUUUUCUUUGGAAAUUUUUUUUCUCAUUUUCUACGUACAGAAUAAACACAACAUUUGUUUAUUAUUUUAUACAAAAAUAUAUAUGCACUUUUCAGGGUUUAGGGUUCUUCAUCUAAUUUCUUUAUCUAAACUCUAAAAUAUCUUUCAACAUCUUCAUUCUUUUUCAACAUUUCUUGAGAACUAUAAAUGUUGGACUUUCAAAAAAUAUUUCUCGUUUGAAAACAGUACGUAGUAUUGAAUUUUAUUUCCAAGAAUCCAAAAAUAAUUUUUGGGUCUUUAUUUUCUUGUAUAUAGUAAUUUGAAGGAUGAACACAUGAACUUGAGAUUGGAUUCUAAUUCUUGAAAUUUAGAAAAUGUCAUCAUAUUUAGGGGGAGGUACAGGCAGAGCAUAUGGAUUUGAUCUUGAAAAUAUAGUCAAGUCUUCAUCUACUACUUCAAGUAGAACUUCACAUUCACAAUACUCAUCUUCUCCAUCUUCAACUCUCUCAGAAUCAAGCAAUGUCAUCUCCACUAGAAAACCACGAACCCCACGAAAACGACCCAAUCAAACUUACAACGAAGCAGCUGCUCUUCUCUCCACAGCUUGUCCCACUAUUUUUUCAAUCACUAAAAAAAGUACUAAUAAUAAUAAUAAGCAAUCAGAAUUUCCCAAUUAUCAUCAUAAAUAUCUUUUAAGAGAACCACUUGAUUUACUUUUGCCAUUUCCUGGUACUAAAAGGCCUAUUAUUAAGGUGACAACACCAAGGGAUAUUGAAUAUAAUGGGAAUUGGAAUUGUAGCUCUACUAGUUGUAAUUCUAUAGAAUUAGGAUAUCAAGAUGAUUUUGAUACCGAGUCGAUUCUUGAUCACGAGGAAAUCGAAGAAGGGAUCGAUAGUAUCAUGGGGAAUUUGAAUUCCAUUUCCAAUGAUGAGAAAUCUACUUGUGUUGGUUUCAUGAAUUGUGAUUUUGAUUCCAACAAUACUUGUUAUGGGUACCCAAUUGGUUUGGGAUUUGGUGGGAAUUUGGAGUUUAAAUUUGGGUAUGGGUUGAGAAAUGGGGUGAGGGCAUUGAAGAAUGUAGAUGAAGGGAAUUGGGAGAGUUUUUCGGCCGUUAAUUUGAUUAAUAUAUCAUCGCCUCACGGUUCAACGAAGCUCAAGAAAACGCCGGUUGAAAAAAAGAAGAAAGUUGAGGACUUGAUGAAGUUGGAGCCAAAAUUGGGAAAUCCGGUUGCUAAGGAAGAGAGUAAUUUGAGUCUUGACAAGGCGCCUCGAUUGUUAUUGAAGUUGAACUAUGACAAUGUGUUGAAUGCUUGGUCGGAUAAAGGGUCACCUUUGCCGGAGGAAAUUUUGGGGCCCGAGUCUCCCGGAGGUGAUAUUCAUGCAAAAUUGGCUCAAAUAGACUUAUUCUCGGAGAACGGAGGGGUAAGGGAGGCCAGCGUGAAUCGUUACAAGGAAAAAAGGCAAACAAGGCUCUUCUCCAAGAAGAUUAGAUACCAAGUUAGAAAAGUGAAUGCUGAUAGAAGACCUAGAUCCAAGGGGCGAUUUGUUAGAAGACCCAAUCCUCCCAUUUGCGAGGAAACAUAACUAGAAACUACACUUUAUUCUUUUCUUACAUUCCAACGCUUUAUAUUUUAUUUCAUUUUGUAAACCGCCACCGCCAAUUGUCUAGUGUUGUUAACUUGGAGGAAUGAAUAGCCCAAUAGGACGAGAGAAUCAAACAAUUUUGUUAUGUAAUAUGUUCUAUAUAUUAUUUACAUUGAUAAUUCAUAUA